CUUUGAACGACCUACCUCUUCUUUCUUCAAUGCUGGAAAAGGCCAACAGAAAUGAUAAAAUGUGACGUCUGAAAUUUUAAAAAUUUAUGUGUAAAAACUGGACAAGCCGAAUCUCAGCUAGGUGGACUAUCAUACAAACCAAGUCAACUCGGUAGCUUUCUUGCUAAGCUGACGAAUCCACCGGAAUUUACCAAUUGGUCUAACUUAUCACAGGAGGAUUUGAAAAGGAACCGGGGAAAACAUGGGGUUUGCUGCACACACACUGUGUGUGCUGCUGUGUUUUUGGGUCUCGGGAUCAUGCCUUAGACUCCAGACUGAAGGCAUGUGUACUGUCGACAGAGAGACGGUAGCAUUUGACUGCAGUAAGAAAAGGCUUACAUCAGUGCCACAUGAGCACAUCUGGAGGAAUGUGACAAAGUUGGAUCUCUCUGACAAUGUCUUAGACCUAUCCCAUACAGACUCCUUCAAGCAGUUAAACCUCUUCAGCCAGCUGAUCACACUGAAUCUUUCAGGCAACUAUCUCCCCCUACUGUUUAAAGACCAUCUUUUCAGCCUCCCUUCUCUCAAAAUCUUGGACUUAAGUAGGUGUGAGCUGAAAGAAGUGGAGACACGCGCUCUGAUUAGACUCCCCAGUUUACAGACGCUCUUCCUGGGGAACAAUCAGUUGCAAGGCCCCCUGUUAACCGCAGCUAAAGAGAUGAGAAAAACAGAGGGCAUGGAUUACCAUGACUACAAUAAUGGAUAUUCCAAGAACGAUGACAUUGAAAUCUUCCUGCGUAAACUACUGGAGGACAACCAAAAUACCCCUCCAAAUCCUACUGUAAAAGAUGAUAAUAAUGUCAAUAGGACAGACGAUGGUUCAAAAAGCUCCUCAUACAGUUGGAAGGUCCUUGUGGCUGUCUUGGUGUCUGCCAUCUCUAUCUCCAUUUUGAUUGCUUUGACAGCCAAAUGUAAGCUUGUGCACAGGUAUCUGGCAAGCUACAGACACUCCAGACUCAGCGAAGCAGAUGCGACAAGUCAGUGUGACCCUGGAAACUUUGAGGUGGGCUUCUCAAGUCAUGGUGGACCAGGGACCCGUGCGUCUGUGUCUACUGAUGACAUUGAGGAGGAUGAUGAUGGGUUUAUUGAAGAUAACUAUAUUCAAGCAAGUGAGAGUCAGAGAGCUGCAAGAGCAGCAGAACUUAAUGAGGAUGAUGAUGACGAUGACGAUGAGGAGGAGGAUGAGGAGGAUGAGAUUGAAUUUACUAUUGGUUAGAUUCAAUAAUGUCAUUAAACACUCAUAAUAUUAAAUGUUAAUUAAGUUUGCAUUAACAAACAAAUAAUGAUCAUAUUGGUAAAAAUGGCCAUAGAAAUAUACAGCGGACCCACAAACUUAAACAGUGCUACGCUACAGGCACACCUGUGAUACAAGUAAAAAAGGCAUCAAAAUUGUCUAUACUCAUAUGUUUACAGAUUCCACUUGGCUUAAAAAUUUAUUUAUAAGGAAAUUUAAUUAUUUGGAAGUGUAGCUUAGAUUUUUUGGGUCACUUAUAUUUAAAACAAAUGAAUAACUAAAGGUUUAGUGACUUUACAGAAAGCUUAAUGAUGUUUGUUAAAGGGAUAGUACACCCAAAAAUAAAAAUACUUCUUUUGAUUAUUCACCCUCAUGUCAUUCAAAGCCAGAAUAAAUUGCAAAAGACAAAAUUAGAUAUUCUGAAGAAUGUAACUAAACACUGGACCCCAAUGACUUCCACUGUAGUGUAUAUGGACACAAAAGUACUAAAACAUUUUUAAAAAUAUCUUCUUUUGUGUUACAAAAAAGUUUUGUAUACAGGUUUCGAAUGAUAUAAGGGUAAAUAAUUGACAGACUUUUAAUUUUGGGUGAACUAUCCAAUGUACUAAUGAAACUUAUUCUAAAAGGUUAGUGAUUAUUGUUUAGUUGAAAUAAACAGACAUUGUUUAGUAAAAGUGGUUAAAAUUGUAUUUACUUAAAUCGGUUGUGCACUAUUAAUUGCAUUGUCAGCCAUCUACAGCACAUACUGUAAUGUAUUUUGUGCGCUUCACUCCAUUUCUAAAUAAAAUGAUUUUAAGU